AUGAAAAAGAGAAUUCACAAUGUUGAUUCACCCCUGAGACAAGUCGAAUCCGAGCCACAUCAGCACAAACACUUAUUCGCCUCGGGCAUGUGGCAGAAAAUCCAUCAUUUCUUUGCCAAAGAUGACCCCACUCAAAGCCCCAUCGAGUGUCCCGAGGAUGACCAGUGGCCCGCUGACUGGGAUCGUUCCGGUCCCUAUACAGACGAUCAAUCCUCGUCAAGGCCUGUGGGAGUCGGACUCCCCAGACAGGCCACUUUCAGACGCCAGAAUUCAGAGCGACGAGAACGACUUCUCGCCAUUGAACCCGGUCAUGCCGAACGAAGAGCCCUCUCUUCCACCCGAAAUGUAUCAACAUCCUUGCCUCGACCGAGGGCGACUUCAUCACCGCCAAAUUGGGAACCUGGCCGAGUGUCUGCUCCUGCUAUAGGCAAUACUGUCAAGGCCGAAACUGUCGCCGUCGAUUCCAAUGUUAGGUCCGCCCCCGCUUCACUCGACCCGCUCCUUCAGACUGCGGCAUCAGACGACUUGUGGUCUCAAACCGAGAACCGACCUCCUAGACCACCUUCGACUACUUCUUCGGAUGAAUCCCAUUAUGGCGAUAGACCUAUGGUGGAUGAUAAAGCUGAUCUGCGAGCAGAGCUCGACAGUCGAUGGAUUCUUAAUUUGAGUAUGCAUUUCAGAGACAAGUCCGAUCGGGAGAAAUUCUUCGUUACCUAUGCUCAAACACCUAAUCAUUGGCGGCGCGUAACCAUUUCAUGUGAUUAUCGCAACGCCGAACCCGGAUCUUUGGAGAUGGACUUGAAGGAGCUUCAAUUCCAGCGUGAUAAAAGUUUGCAGAUCUAUGAAUCGAUCCGUGACUCUCUCCCCGAGAUCCAGUUCUAUGACACGGUCACAAAUCUCAAAUUGGAAACCACCGAUGGUAGGUUGCAUGUCCACGUCACUGAGGAUGUGAAUGAGAUAAUCCCAUACCCACCUCGAACCACCGUUGCCCAUAUACUCGACGACACAGAGUUUCAACCAAUGGAAGUCCAAGAAAGUGAGUUGAUUUUUGACUCUCAUCUAUCGGGUUUUGUAUACAAGAUUCGUCACAAGGGCAGGGUAUACAUCAAGAAGGAAAUUCCUGGUCCAGACACCGUUGACGAGUUCCUAUAUGAGAUCAAUGCCUUGCACGCGCUUCAUGGAUCGGGUAAUGUUAUUGCACUCGAAGCAAUCAUUGUGGAUGAUAUGCGGGAGACAGUCAAAGGGCUACUUAUCAGCUACGCUGAGAGAGGUGCGAUUGUGGAUCUUCUCUACGACAAUAGGGGAAGCACUCCUUGGGAGGAUCGAUGUCGAUGGGCGGAAAAUGCAGUCCGUGGACUCAGUGAGAUACAUGAAGAAGGUUAUGUUCAGGGCGACUUUACCUUAUCCAACAUUGUCGUCGACGGUGAGAACAACGCCAAGAUCAUUGACAUCAACAGACGCGGGUGCCCUGUGGGAUGGGAGCCUCCAGAAAUCGCCGUCAAGAUUGCAAGCAACCAAAGAAUCUCAAUGUAUAUUGGCGAGAAGUCCGACUUGUAUCAGCUGGGCAUGACGCUCUGGGCAUUGGCAAUGGACGAUGACGAACCUGAGAGGCAUGCACCGCCCUUGAGUGUGGAUGAGUUCCCCUCGGAAGUACCAGAGUGGUAUCAAAGCAUCGUUCGAACCUGCUUGUCCACCCGCCCACGCGACCGCCUCUCUGCCAAGGAGUUGGUUGACUUAUUUCCCGAAGGCAGCUCCAGCUCUUCAGGGACACGGUCUUCACAAAGAAAGCCUCAGUUGCAGCUGUUGGCACCAAAGGAAUAUAUUGACCCUGCAGAUGCGGUUGAGAGGGAUGACCUUGAACGAUUCAGCCACGAUCACCAAGAGCUCGAUUGUACUCCUUAUUCUCCAGAAAGCUCAAGAGAUGACUACACAUUCACCUAUCCGAAAUCGUCCAAUUAUGAACUUGAGAGCGAAAGCUCAGCAUAUGACAGGCCAAGAGGGAGACGACCGCCAACCAAUUUUGCGCACCUUGGAACCCACGAAAGACGCCACUGGAUUCCCGACGUUGAAAAUACAGAGCCCAUUGAUGAAGUCGAGCCUAACAUUGUCGCCAUUUCCCCGGGCAUGGAUCGCGAGAUUUACGAUGAGGUUGACUUGAACGGUCAUGCAUACUUGGUACGCCGCGGCACAUUCAACCUCGAGGAGAUGCAAAUCCUUGGAGAUGAUGUAAACGCAGAGAGACAAUUUGAAGAUCAAGCAUCCCAAUUUGACAAUGAGUCUGUUGACGUCGCCGGACCUUUAGAUUCCAACCAGCUCUAUUCCUCCCGACGCCCUCCCCUACUGACGAGAAACUCUACAACAUCAGAUAUCACACCUCGAGGAAGUCAAACCGUUUUGCCUACUUACAGUCCUUCCCCAUCAGAACAAUGUCUCACGGAUUCGAAUGUGGCUGUUGAAUUGAAUGCUUUGGGUAGUCAUCCAGACCUGAAUACUUCUGCACCACAUGCAGAGGAAAACGGCCUUGGACGGUGGAAAUCAGCAGACCCAUAUCCUCCAAGACUACCCUACGAAGACAGUGGUUACGAUGAGCCUCUGAAUCUUGGCGACGAUCUUAGCACCCAUGAUGUACCAGGCUCAAGCAAUGACUCGGGAAACACGUAUCAGAAACAGGGCAGGGAGCCUCGUGUCGUGGAUACUCCUGUUUCUGAGCAAAGUGUGAGGCAGAUCCUUGCUAUCCCAGAUACUACUGCUCCUCCCCAUACCAUGAAUGAGAUAUUUGACCACAGCAGCGACAUUGUUCCAAAACACACUCCACAAAUCCCCUCUACUGAAAGCCUAGACAAAGAUCUCCCGCUACCCAAGACUUCCCCUUUCCGUCACAGUGGCCGAGAAAAUGAGAGUGAGGAUGUCGACACCACUAGCAAUCAAACGAAUUUGAAUGCAGACAUAACAACUCCCACAGGUCAUCAAGGCGAGAGGGAAAGUCCAAUUAGAAGUGAAGAUGCGAACAACCCCAACGCUCAGAUGGACAUGAAGGCAGACACUACAACAUCCCCAGAUCCCCAGACCGUCACUGAGAAUCCAAACGGCGGUGAAGGCAGUGAAACCACCAACGUUCACAUGGGCACGAAAGCAGAUACCAAAUUACCUGUAAACCCCGAACUAGCUCUAAGGUCGACGACCAACGAUGAAGACGACGCUAAAAUACCUACAAAUCAUCAAGCAGCUGCUGGAAAUUCAUUGAUUUCAGAAGAGAUCAAACAAGACGGCGUAGCCCUUUCUCCUUGCGGGACCACAACUACGGGACCUCCUACCCUUGACUAUUCAAUUGAUGUCACCAUGAUGUCUUCAGGUCCUGUUAAUAUAGAGACAUAUGUUCCUCAGGAGACAAUUGGACUGAUGAACCCUGUGCCAGCUAUUGAUUCUGGAGUCGAAUCGAUUGAGAAGCUACCUCAGACUCAAGAACUUACGAUUGAGGAGACCGGGACGAACUCGUCACCAACAUCGAAGGUGUCAUCUGAGCCAAUAGAUUAA